AUGGCUGUCGAAACCAGAUAUUACGAGAUUCUCGAAGUAGAGGCUGACGCUUCCGAUCAUGAGAUCAAGAGGGCUUACAGAAAAUUGGCCAUGAAGUAUCACCCUGAUAAAAACCCUGAUGAAGGCGAAAGAUUCAAAGAGAUUUCUCAUGCUUACGAGAUCCUUUCUGAUCCUGAAAGCCGUGCCAGCUACGAUAGAUUUGGUGAAGAUGGACCUGGUGGAGGAGCUGGUGGAGGUUAUGGCAUGUCUGCUGAUGAUUUGUUUGCCAAUUUGUUUGGUGGUGGAGGUGGAGGCAUGGGCUUUGAUUUCGGUGGUGAAUUCCAUGGUCAUGGCAUGCCUCGUCGUCCUCGUAAGGGUGAAAGCAUGAGAUAUCCUCUCACUGUUACUCUGGAAGACUUGUAUCUCGGUAAAAAGACAAAGUUGGCAUUAGAGAAGAAUGUCAUUUGCUCCAAUUGUGAAGGCAGGGGUGGCAAGACAGGUGCUACUAGAAAGUGCGGUGCUUGUAAGGGUAAAGGCUAUUCAGUUGCUAUGCGUCAAGUUGGCAUGGGCAUGAUUCAGCAAAUGCAAGUGCCUUGUGGUGAAUGUGAUCACACUGGUGAAAUCGCAAAGGAAAAGUGUAAGAAGUGUAAGGGCAAGAAGGUGACAGUCGAGAAGAAGUACUUGGAGGUCUUUAUUGAGAAGGGUAUGGAAGAUGGUCAAAAGAUUGCCAUGAAGGGUGAAGGUGAUCAAGAGCCUGGUGUCGAGCCUGGAGAUGUCAUUUUGGUCCUGAAUCAAAAGGAGCAUGCUACGUUUACUCGCGAAGGCAAUGACCUGCUUGUCGAGGUCAAGAUCUCUUUGACUGAAGCUCUUUGUGGUUUUGACAAGGUCAUUGUUACACAUUUGGAUGGCCGUGGCAUUCAAGUCAAACAACCUGCUGGUCAAGUUAUCAAGCCUGGCAUGAUCAAGCGUAUUCCCAAUGAGGGUAUGCCCACUUAUAAGCGUCCUGAUAGUCGCGGUGAUCUCUACAUCAAGUUUGACGUCGAAUUCCCUGUUGACAACUUUACUGCUGAUUUCGCUUCAUUAGAAUCCAUCUUACCAAAGCGCAAAAAUAAGGCUUCCAAGCAAGAAAUUAUUGACGAAUGCAGUCUGAUGGAUGCCAGUAUGGAAGCAUUUGGUGCUUCAGGUCAAUCACGCAAUGCUUAUGAUGAGGAUGACAGUGAAGAAGAGGACCAUGGUGGUGUCCGUUGUGCUCAACAGUAA